AUCACUCAUUGCAUGAAUGUCUUGGUGGGAGAAGUACUUCGCGCCUGGCGACCUCCGCACGCAAGUCAAUAAUCAACUCGCUGAGAACGCAAAGCUCAAAGAUGAACUCGACUCUGUUCCUGCGCAGCCCGCCCUCCCAAAACGAAUAGAUGCCGCACAUCGCGCCCGCCGACAAAAUGCCAUGUUCUUCGGAGGACUGGCAUUCACCUGCUUGACUGCUUUGGUGACUCGACGAGCAUUGACGAAGAAGAAGCUGGCAAUGUAUCCGCAUCUACAACCGACCGUUGGCAAGGACGCGAAACUGGAGUUGCCAAAGUUUACACCUUCAAAUACACCGCCGAAAGCUGAGGGAGGUUUGGACGCUGCGGAAGCUCUUUUCCUGGCUACGCUGAAUGUGGGAGCGGUGUUCAUGGCUAGCGUGGGUGCGUUUAUGAAGUUCGCCGAUGUCGCGGAUACGGAAGAUUUGAGAGAUUAUGUGAGGAGUGGGAUUGGCUAUGAUGUCUAUGCUGGGGACACAGAGGCGGACAGAGAGAUUGAGCAGUGGUUUGCGGAGGUGCUGAGCAGAAAGGAUGGCACGGGAGAUUUGAAGACGACGAUUGUGGAGAAGAUGGCAGAGCUGGCGGAUAUCGAGAAGAAGAGGAAGGCUGAGGUGGGAGACACUGAGCUUGCUGAUAUCCAGCGGAAGAGGAAGGCGUUGGAGAAGAUCAGUGCAGAGAAGGCGGCGUGA